AUGGCUCUUAUGGGAUUUCAAGAAUGCCUCAUAUUCGAUGCUGGAGGCGGCACAAGAAGUAGAUAUGGUGGUGUUAGAGGUGGAGUUGGUAAUGGAAGUGGCAUUGGAGAUGGUACAGGAAGUAGUGUUGGAGGUGGGGUUGAUAAUGGCGGAGGCGUUGGAGGUGGUAUCGGAACAGGUAGUGGAGUUGGAGGAGGAGCUGGUGGUGUCGGAGAAGAACCUGGUGGCGGAUAUAAUGGUGGUGUCAGAAGAGGAAGUGGUGGGGUUGAAGGAGGUGUAGCAGGAGAAGGAUGGGUAGAAAGGGAAGGUGUCAUUGAUGUAUGA